UUACAGAGUCAGGCUGAGGCUCAUUAUAAAGGGAACCGACAUGCUCGGAGACAUGUGAGAGUGAAGGGAAUCGAGAAUGCAAAGACUCGACAGAAAGAAGGAGCGCAAGAUGGAGACAGAACCACCCCUCUAAUCAGCCCUGUGCCCAGUGUCACCGAGAGUGACAGUGACAGCAAAGAUCAUCAGGGAAGUGACAGCGCAGACUUGAGCUCAUCUGAGAGUCCUGAGAGAAUGAUCACACAUGAAACUAGUGCUGCCAUGUCUGGAUGCCUGGAAUCCACAUCUGACAGAAUUGGACGCAAAGCAAAAUCUCUGUCCUUUACUGAUCCUGCCAGCAGUGGAACAAGCACAUCAGCUACAGAGAAUGACGAUGACAAAGCAAAGAAAUUACUGUACUGUGCCCUCUGCAAGGUGUCUGUAAACUCACUGUCACAACUGGAGGCCCACAAUAAAGGUACUAAGCACAAAACUAUUCUUGAAGCACGAAGUGGUCUGGGCCCAAUAAAGGCCUAUCCUCGGCUUGGAGGGUUAAACAGGGGAUCAACAGGAACGCUGGAUUCCAACAACCAAGAGAGGACUUUUCACUGUGAGAUCUGUAAUGUCAGAGUCACCUCAGAAGGCCAGCUUAAGCAGCACAUCUCAAGUCGCAGACAUCGUGAUGGAGUGUCAGGGAAACCCAACCCGCUACUGAGUAGGCACAAGAAACAUCAAACCCUUCAGGAACUUACGACAAGCCUGAUGUUUCCAAAGGACCUUCCAAAAACCCUUUCAGCAGGGCUUCUUCCAAGUCCACUUGCAGUGGCGAUGGCAGCUGCUGCUGUGUCUUCUCCAUUAAGUUUACGUCCAGCUGCAACUCCUCCUCUUCUUCAAGCUCCACCCUUGACACACCAUAUGCUUCGACCAGCUCCGGGGCCCAUCAGAACUGCACAUGGCACUAUACUUUUCUCCCCUUACUGA